UGGAGAGAGAGUGAGGUUUGCCUGUUAUGUGUGAAGAUUUUGUGGUUUAAUUGUUUGUAUAAUUGUGCAGUUAAAAUAAUAUGUGGAAAUGAUGUGAUAAACGUGAAAAAUACAUAAGUGUACACCCAUAAAGUGAAGUGAAAGGUUUUAGCAGCAGUUGAAUAAUUUUAUCUAUCUUAGUGAUAAAUAAAUAAAAGCCACAAAAAUGGUUGCUUUACGAGUGAAAAGUGGUCUGUUUAUGGGGUUUGGUGGAGCAUUAGUGGUUGUUGGAGCUGUGAUGGUGGCAUAUUGGGAUUCAAUCUUCAUGGCGCAAUUGCGUAGGAUGAUGGUGCUGUCCCCGACAUCCAUGUCUUUCGGGUUAUGGCGGGAGAUACCCAUCCCGAUGUACCUGGAGUGCUUCAUGUUCAACAUAUCCAAUAUAGACGAUAUUCUGGCGGGCAAGAAUGUGUCCAUCAAUGUGGUGCAGAUGGGGCCUUACGUCUUCAGGGAGUCGCACACAAAGGUCAACCUCACGUGGAACCCGAACAGUACAGUGACAUUCUACAACAAGAGGGUGUGGCAUUACGAACCGGAGAUGUCCAACGGCAGCCUCUCCGACAUGGUCACCACCAUCAACCCUGUGAUCGCGACGGUAGCUCACGUGAUGCGUUACGAACGAGUGGCCUUCAACGUGUUCGUGGACAGUUUCCUGAGAAUGUUUCACGAUAACAUGUUCCUGACUGCCAACGUGUCCCAAUGGCUGUUCGACGGAAUCGAUGACCGCGUCAUUGAUAUAGCAGAAAAGAUACCUUUCAUUACGAUCAACAUACCUUAUGACAAGUUCGGAUGGUUCUACACGCGCAACGGCUCUUUGGAAUUCGACGGCAUAUUUGUGAUGAACACGGGCGCUGAGGACUUCUCCCAGCUCGGAAACUUAGAGAUGUGGCAGCACUCGAACAGGACCCUGUACCGGGGGGAGUGCGGGGAGGUGCGCGGCUCCACGGGGGAGCUGUGGGCUCCCGAGUUGGGUCAGCCCGAGGUCACGAUCUUCGCACCAGAUAUAUGCACAUACAUGAUCCUGCCCAAGGACAAGUCUGUGACGGUGCAGAACAUCGAGGGUGUUCAGUACGCGGCCAACAGUUCAUUGUUCGACAACGGUCACAACUACCCGCAUACGGCUUGUUACUGCGCCAUGAACCGCGACCGCAACUGCCUGCCGUCCGGAGCCCUAAAUGUGUCCGCGUGUCGGUUCGGGGCUCCAGCCUUCGUGACGUUGCCGCAUAUGCUGAAUACCGACCCCUACUACCCAUCCAAGAUUAGCGGUCUACAUCCAAUGCCUGAGCACAACUUCCGUUUGGCCCUGGAGAUGUUCACGGGCAUGCCGUUAGCGGUAACGGCGCAACUUCAGAUCAAUCUGCUCGUGCGACACGUGGCCGGCAUCACCAUCAACAACGCGUUGCCCGACGGCGACACUCUGGUGCCGAUGUUCUGGUUCCGACAAGAGUUAGUUAUGGACGAAAUGUAUGCGAGCUCCGCCAGAUUUGCUCUGAGACUGAAGAACUGGAUGCCCGUGGGCUUCUACGUACUCACCGGAAUCGGGGUCUUAUUACUUCUAUGGGGCGUAAUUAUACUAAUAAGGAAGAUCCUCAGAUCCCAAGAUUCGACUCCCAUUCUCGAGGACAGCUCAUCCAGCGAAACUUCACAGCAGUGACGAACGCAAUAUCACCGAUAUGCAGGUGAUUUUGGACUUUAUUGCGGCCGCUUUAAGACUAAAAUGCAGAUUUCUGGUUACAAACCGAUUUCCAGCUGAUUGUGAACCCUAUUACGACUGCGUUGAGGCGAAAAUAAAUGUUUCUCACCACAAACAGAUAAUCCAUGCGAUUGUGGACUUUAUUGCUCAUGCUUUACGGCAAAUACAUUUUGAUAGCUACAAAAGCGAUAAUACGAAGAAAAGGGCGAAAAAAUGUGCCUAUCGUCCUAUUUUUUGACGAAAAAUAAUGUGAUGACGUCAUUUUUUAUAAUUAUAAAUUGAAAGGUCUUCCUUCUUAAUAUCCAGUAACAUUC